AUGCCACAACCUCUUCCGCAACGUAAUCCUUUUGAUAUCGAUACUCAGGCUCGGUAUCAUAAUGCGUAUGCCUGUCUAACAUUCGAAGCUGCGGCUGCUGCUUAUCUAGGUGGAAUCGACUCCCUGGUCCUUGCUCGAGUUCCUGGUUACAUAGCCUUGACCCACCUGAGCGAGGAAAUAGUGGAUGAUUAUGCCAUGGGUCUGGAGGCGUUGACCAAUCUGGGGUUGUAUUAUAUCAACGCGUUCAUCCGGUGCUCCUUCCGAACAUCCCUCUCGGCCGUCAUUCGAUACUUUAUGACGCACAUUUCACAAGAGGCACCCAAAGACCAUCAAACAGCCAAACCAUUAGCUUUGAUACGCGAUAAUUAUCAGUGUGCCAUCUCUGGUGCCUACGACUGGAGCAUGGCAGAUCCUGCUCACGAGGCGCAUGCUAGUUUUCUUGCUGGCCAACCCACCACGCGGCACCGAAUGCGUUCAUAUCAUUCCCGACUACGUGAACCACAGUAUCAGUGGACCGAAUGUAGCAUCACCGUGAAAGUACUGUGUGGACUUACUGUGUGGACUGUUUUGAGCCGUCUUGGCCUAACAUUUGGCUGGGAUGAGCUCCUAGGCAACGGAAUCCAUCGCAUCGAGAACGUCAUGACUCUUUGUUUUGACGUCCAUCUCUCGUUCGAUAAUGUGCUUUGGUUGGAUCCCACAGCGAGCAAUACCACACCAGUACCUCAACCGACCACGCCACCCUCACCUCUCAAUAUUACACGUCCAGACCCUCGAUACCUCAAGCUUCACGCUAUGUGUUGUAAAGUUGCUCAUCUGUCUGGAGCAGGAGAGUCCAUCAACAAGAUUCAUCGAGAUAUGGAAGAUAUGAGUGUGCUAGCCAAAGAUGGUUCAUCUAUGGAUCUGUUGAACUACAAGCUGGCUACACCCCAAACACUCCACUAA